GUACAAGUUGUGUGGACGGAACGGAGAUGCAUUCUGCCAAAACCGAUGCUUCGAGAGUUGGGCUUCUGGUGCCCUGAGAACGAGCUGCAUGUACCGAGCUCCUUCGACGCUAACCGCCCAAACCCUCUUCACCUUGUCGACGAUGCCUGGUUCGCUGGGUGCGACCCCGCUCUGCUGAAGACCAUUGAGUGGUACCUAACUCGGUCUUUCGUGGAGAGUCACGAACUGGCCUACAGCUUCUGUCGAUUUCCGGAUUGCUCGCUGGCACUUGAACAGCCUCGCGUUAUGGGUGCGUGUACGAUGACCGAUGGGAUCUACUGCUGGCCUGAGGGAUAUUGGCACUACGUGGGCCAUCACCACGUGAAGCCACCGCAGGAAUUCCUGGACCACCUGCUGGAGAGAUAUGGCACGAUGGCCGAGAUGACGAGGAAAGCGAGAAACGAGAAGAAGCUGCUCUUGUGGGAUGAUAUUGAGCAAAAGGCUAUGGAGAUGCCUCGAGCUAUGCAGGACUGGAUAACAAGCUACACUACUAUACAAACGGAAUAAAACGUAAAGUCUACCAGUCGAUGAUGUCACCCUUCCCAAAGUGAAGUAGUUGCAGAGGAUCUCCAAGUUUUGCUCGAUCAAUUAGACGCACCAUGCCUUCGACACUUUCCUCAGGCUCCACAGCGCCGUUAAAGUUGUUGUACGCUGUAUUCACAUUGCCUGGAUGCAGCAGCAAGCAUCCGAUCUUUUGCGGUUCCAAGUCAAUCGCCAAGCUCUUGGUAAACACAUUCAGAGCACCUUUCGAUGCUCGAUGUGCGUAUGCUCCACCUGAACUGUUAUCCGAUAUGCUGCCAAUGCGUGACGUGACUUGAGCUACAAAGGAGAAACCUCUUGCACUCACUGCCAACCGGAGAUUAGGCAGGAGAGCACGAGUCACUAGCAGUGGACCCAACGCAUUCACUUGAAAUUGCCGUAAACAGUCCUCCGAAGUCGUCUCAUUCAGACUAUAAAGUCCAGACGCACCAGCAUUAUUAAUUAGCAGAUCGAUCGCCACUCCUCGCAGCAUCGUCGCAAUUUCUUCAAUCGACUGCUGAUCCGCUACAUCCAACGGGAUCAGUCUCCAAGGGUAUAAUGAUUUCACCUGCAAAAAAUACACCACAAUACACUGUUAACCGACAGUCACCGUAAAUUCAAAGCAUUGCGAUGUACAUACCUCGUCCGCUGUGUUCACAUCUCUUACGGCCGCAAUGACAUUCCAUCCUUCCUGUGUAUAAUGCUUCACAAAGGCCAGUCCAAUGCCUCUACUCGCCCCCGUAAUCAUCACUGUCUUCUGUAUUGGUCCACUCACAAGUUCCGUCACUCUUGGGGUCUCUAUCGUCGUGUCCACACGGACAAUUUGCCUUCCCGGGGUAUUUCGUGCCAGCGCUAAAUGGUCUGUCACGU